UGAAGAUUGGGCUUCGUUCCUAGUCGGCUUGUCCGUCUCGCAGGGAAUUUGGGGGUGGUGGGAGUGUCCUGGCUGCCACCAACCUCGGAUAAAGGGGAACCCAUGGCCAAAUGGUUUAAGGAUUACCUCAGUUUUGGGAGCAGGAGGUCUCCCCCACAGCCUCCCAAACCAGAUUACACCGAGAGUGAUAUCUUAAAGGCCUAUCGGGCCCAGAAGAGUUUAGAUUUUGAGGAUCCCUACGAAGAGGGCGACGGCAAAACCGAUCCCGAUCCGGGAGGCUCUCCGAGUAAGGGGUGUGUCUGCAGCGGCAAUUUGGAAGGGAAGUACGGGUCGCCCAAACACCGUCUCAUCAAAGUAGACGCCUCUGAUCUUAACCGGAGCAAGGCCCUCCUUGCCACGGUGGGCGAGGACUCGGCCGUCCCGUCAGAUCAGGCCCCUGGAGAAAGUGAAUAUUCGGACCCCUUCGAUGCUCACCGGGAACCGAAAGGGGAAGGCGAGGAAGAUGCGGGCCUGGAAAACAAUGGCUACAUGGAGCCCUACAAUGCCCAGAGAGUGGUGGCUGACCUCCAGCGGAAAAACGAACGGGAGGAACAGCGGGUGAAGAAAUCCCGGAUCGACCUGCAGCUGUACGACACCCCUUACGAGGAGGAGGAGGCCGAGGCCAACCCCGAGGCCGGCCCCAUGGAGAAGCCCCCCAAGAGCCGCCUGCCCCAGGAGGAUGAACGGCCCGCCGACGAAUACGACCAGCCCUGGGAGUGGAAGAAGAAUCACAUUUCGCGGGCUUUCGCUGUAGACAUAAAGGAGAAUAAAGUAUUGCCCUGGCCACCGCCGGUAGGACAACUUGCGGGGACGGAAGACCCCCUAGAUCCAGAAGCGCAGUUCGAAGCCCCCAAGUGGGACCGGACCUCUCCCUCCUCCUCUUCCUCAUCCUCAGGCCCAAAAGAGCACCGGCUGUGUCUGCCGAAGCACCCGACGGGCUCCGCCAAGUUGGGCCGGCCGCAGAGCCCCGAGUCCAGCGUUCCCCUGGCUGAGCGCAUCGACCUGUCGCUGCCCCUGGAGAGUCAGGC